AUGGCGUGGGCGCUGUUCGCGGGGCGGGCGCUGCUGGCGCGGCGCUCCGAGCGGCGCCUGGACACGGAGCGGGAGCUGCGCGCGGCGCUGGACAAUCGCCUCGUGCUGCUCUUCUUCGGCGCCGCGCGCUGCCCGCGCUGCCGCGAGUUCGAGCCCCGCCUGCGCCGCUUCUGGAGCCGCCUCACGGACCCCGCGCACGUGGAGCGGCCCGAGCAGCUCGGCCUGGUCUACCUGGGGCAGGACAGGUGCGAGCGGGAGCACCGCGAGUACCUGCGGGCCAUGCCCCGCACCUGGAUGGCGCUGCCCUACAGGGAUGCUGAAUUCGGCAGGGAGCUGGCUGACCGUUUCAGGGUGUCUCAUCUCCCGGCCGUGGUCGUUCUGGCUCCCAGCGGGGCCGUGCUGGUUCCCCAUUCCCUGCUGGCUGACCGUUUCGGGGUGUCCCGGCUCCCGGCCGUGGUGGUGCUGGCUCCCGGCGGCGCCGUGCUGCUUCCCGCGGCCGAGCUGCUGGACAGGAACUUCCAGGAGCCGCAGGAGCAGGAGGGCUCGGCGCCCUCCCGCAGCCUCACCGAGCCCGGGAAUCCCAAAGAGAUGAGGCAGGAGGAAGAGGAGGAGGAGGGAGGAGGAGGAAGGGCAGCGGGAGUAGAGUUUGGGAUUUAA